CACAAAGACACAUACAUAGAUAUAGAUAUAGAUAUAGAUAUAGAUAUAGAUAUAGAUAUAGAGAUAUAGGCAUUAGAAUGGCACCAUAACCACCAUAACAACUUGUUGUUCAUCAGCACCUCCCAAUUCCCAGAAGCUCAUUAAAUAACUCCGGUGACAGUGACUAAGACUCUUUCCUCAAACAGGUAUUCUUCCCAGCGGUUCCACAAUUAAUGUAAUGCUUCAAAUCCUAUCCAUUACUCUCUCUUCACUAUUCACUAUUCACUAUUCACUUCCACUCCUAAACUGGCAGAUACCUCCAUUUAAUGUUUCCUUUCCUCACAACCCCACUUUCCAAAAUCUUUUCUUUCUUUCAACUAUUCAACACCACUAGACUAGACAACAAUCUUCAAAUCUUGGAGAUUACAAGACAGAACAGAGCAGAAUCACCAGAGCUUGUAAUUGGAGGUGCAGAAUCAGUAGCAGAGAUUUUGAUUGGAGCCAAACACACAAAAUCCAAUUUUUGUGUCAAAUUCCAAUUUUUCUAAAUCAACUAAAACAGUUAAACUCAUGCAUACACAUGAAGCUUCGGAGAAACAGAGAAAAAAACAGAGAAACAUAACAUGAAGAACAGCACCAAUUGCAGAACCUUUAGAGCUUCGAAUUGAAGAGAAACAGAGCAAAGAACAACAUGAAGGUGAAGAAGUUAAAGAGUUCCUCUGUUUUGUCAGCUACAGUUGUUUUUACCGUUAUGAACCUGUUCUUCUUCGUUGAGUUCAGUUCUGCUUUGAGUUCAAGCACUGAAAAGUUGAGUUCAAGAACCGAAUGGUUUUCGUUGCUUCAACUUCGAUCUUCAUUGGGUAUAAGAGCAAAAAACUGGCCAAGAAAAACAGAACCGUGCUGGAACUGGACCGGGAUUCAUUGCCAAAAGGGUUCAGUUAUCGGAAUCAACAUUUCCGGUUUCAGAAGAACACAUAAAGCUAGUCUUCACCCAAGUUUCUCAGUUGAUGCACUUGCCAAUUUUACCCGUUUAGCUUCCUUCAAUGCUUCAGGUUUUGUGCUUAAUGGUUCUAUUCCUGAGUGGUUUGGUGACAAAAGCAAUAACAACUACCUUGGUGCACUCCAGGUGCUUGAUUUAAGUUCUUGCUCAAUAACUGGCUCUAUUCCUGAGUCAAUUGGUGGUUUGAUUUUGUUGAAGUCUGUGUUACUUUCUGGGAAUAGCUUAACUGGUAGAAUGCCUUCAGGUUUGGGAAUGUUGUCUAAUUUAUCUGUGCUUGAUCUCUCAGGAAAUGAACUUUCUGGGUCUAUUCCUGAUUCAUUGUUUUCACUUGGUAACCUCACACGUCUUAAUCUUUCUUCCAAUUACUUAUCUGGGAAUGUUCCGAAUCAACUUAGUAACCUUUCAGGGCUUGAAGCUUUGGACCUUUCCAACAAUGCACUAACUGGUAAUGUGCCUAGUGUCUUGUUUUCUCGCCUUUCGAAACUUCGAGUUCUCAAUUUGAGUGGUAACUUUAUUGAUGGUGAUCUUCCUGAUACUUUGUGGUCAUUACCGAGCUUGCGUUUCGUUGAUGUGUCCAACAACAACCUUACCGGUCCUCUACCGAAGGUUUUCGGUUCAAAUACUAGUUCUACUGAUGCCACAUUCAAUCUCUCAAACAACUUAUUCUUUGGAACUCUAAAUAUUUCGGCUAAGAAGUUUAGAAUGAUUGAUCUAUCCGGUAAUUAUUUGGAAGGCGAGGUGCAAGGUGUUAGUCUUAGUAAUGUUAGUUUAGCUAGGAAUUGCCUGGAGGAUGUUCCAAAUCAGAGGGAUGUUAGUGUUUGUAGAGUGUUUUAUGAGAAGAGAAAUUUACCCUUUCCAUCAAAUUCGACAAUGGAAAAAUCUUCCAGAAAGAAACUGAUAUUCAUACUGGUAGGUGUAUUUGGUGGACUUGGCUUUAUUUUGCUUCUGGCAUUGGUCCUCGUACUGUUCUUAAAACUAUGUGGCAAUCAUAAAAGCUUGGAAGUUCAAAGGGGAAUUGAAAGUGGAGGGCCUGUUCCAGUAGGGGAGAGUCCUAUGCCGCCUAAAGACCUUGCAUUCGACAUUGCUGUCGGGGAAUCAUUUACUUAUGAGCAAAUUCUCAAGUUGACUGGUAAUUUUGCUGAAGCAAAUAUCAUCAAGCAUGGUCAUUCUGGAGACCUCUUCUGGGGAGUAAUGGAAAACGGAGCUACUGUCGUCAUCAAAAAGGUAGAUUUGAGUUUGUUCAAGAGAGAAUCAUAUGUUGUGGAGUUGGAAUUAUUAAGCAAGGUUUCACAUGCAAGAUUGAUCCCAAUCUUGGGACAUUGCUUGGAGAAUGACAAUGAGAAAUGUAUAGUUUACAAGUAUAUGCCAAAUGGAGAUUUGGCAAGUUCUUUGCAGAGAGUCACUGAUGCAGAUGGUAAAUCGAAGUCCCUUGAUUGGAUCACAAGAUUGAAAAUCGCUACAGGAGCUGCCGAAGGCCUUGCUUAUCUACACGAUAGCAGUCCUCCCCUCGCUCACAGAGAUGUUCAAGCUAGCAGCAUACUUCUUGAUGAUAAAUUUGAGGUGCGACUUGGAAGUUUGAGUGAGGUUACCACCCAAGGAGAUGUCCAUCCUGGUGUCAUGAACAGGCUGUUCAGCAAGCCAUCAUCUUCUAAUCAACCAAAUUUUGGCACAUCAUCAGUAACUUGGGCAGGUGAUGUAUAUGGUUUUGGUAAGAUUUUGCUCGAGCUUAUUACCGGAGAUAGCGAGGUCAGUAAAUCCGACGAUGCCACCUCAAGAGAGUGGUUGGAGCAGACCUUGCCUUACAUUAGCAUAGAUGAUAAAGAAAGGAUAAAUAAGAUUGUUGACCCUUCUUUGUUAGUAAAUGAGGAUCUACUUGAAGAAGUAUGGGCUAUAGCAAUCGUGGCAAGAUCAUGCCUGAAUCCUAGGCCUUCGAAACGUCCUCCUAUGAGACACGUCCUCAGGGCGCUGGAAAAUCCGUUGAAGGUUGUAAGAGAAGAAAGCGCAAGCUCGGUGAAGUUGCGAACAACUUCGUCUAGGAAGUCUUGGAGCACUGGAUUGUUUGGUAGCUGGAGACAGAGCUCAUCAGAUAGUGCUACUGCAACAAACAAAGAUAGUUCAAGUGGGACUAAACAAUCAGGGAAAGUAAGUUCCCAAGGAAGUGGUGUAAUAAUGGAUCACUCAUCUUCCAAUAAAAGAUCAUCCAAGUCCAAUGAAGUUUUCCCUGAACCAUUGGAAACACAAGAUGUGGAGAUUGGUGGGGGAAGAUGAGGCAAAAAGGAAGUGAUGAAUUUGCCUAUUCUUUAAUUGUAUGAGAUUGAUAAUUGUUUGUACCAUAGCAAUUGCUUGUUAUUAGCAAGUCAAAGCCACAUUACCAAGAGUAAUGUUAUUUGUACAGAACAUUGGUUGGAUCCUUUUGGACUUUUGGUAUGUUUGACACAUUGUCAUCACCCCAUGCUGAAGCAAUCAAAACAACAUGGUGGUGCUAAAUUAUGUGCACUAGCAAUUGCUUAUUUGUACCACACCCCUCCUUGUAGGUCAAUGAAUGUGUGAGGCAUUGUAAAAUGAUAAACGGGGUGUUACAAUUUUGUGAGGAAUUAGAAUUUAGAAGUGUGAAGAAUAUUUGCUCAAACUUUCUUUAGCUGAGUGUAUUAUUGUAAAUUAAAUCCUCUUAAGCAUUGUGGCAUAUGCCCUAUUUUUCCCUGUGAAUUUAUAUCACAAUAAAGAUA